CCCGCGCAAAUUGAAAAGUCUUUGGUGCCCGGCUGCCACCAGGCCCUCUGUGUUCCGAGCCGCCUGCCUCGGGCGAGCUGGCCCAGGGCGAAAGGAAGCGUGUUCUCUGGAAUGGGCUUGCGGGCCGCUUGUGCACAGCCUGUGAACAGGAGUGGGGCGGCGAGGUCGCCGGUGUUGUAGCUGGCGUGCCGCUGGCGGGCGCCCUGAGAUGAUGCCUGCGCAGCGGCCCCCGGCCAUUCCCACCACGCUCCAGAGGAAACGUUUAUGCGAGCGUAUUUACCCAGCUUAGAAGAGACAUCAGCUUCACAGAAUGUGUGUUACGUCAGUUUUCCUCAAAGUGGAAGAAAACUCUUUUUAGAGGCAUUGUCUGAGAGGUGGGAGGCUGAUUGUUUUUCUCAAACUGCGGCUUGAGGAGCACCUGCAGCCAGAUUACCUGGAUUUAAACGUCGGAAUCCCCCCACCUGGCUCCGCAGCUGGUGAAUGCGCUGCUGAACUAGAGCAUCCGAGUUUUGAUACAGCAUCAAGUUAACUUGGCACAAUGGGGAUACAAGGAUUACUGCAAUUUAUCAAAGAAGCUUCUGAACCAAUCCACGUGAGGAAGUAUAAAGGACAGGUAGUAGCUGUGGAUACAUAUUGCUGGCUUCACAAAGGAGCUAUUGCUUGUGCUGAAAAACUAGCCAAAGGUGAACCUACUGAUAAGUAUGUAGGAUUUUGUAUGAAAUUUGUAAAUAUGUUACUCUCUCAUGGGAUCAAGCCUAUUCUUGUAUUCGAUGGAUGUACUUUACCUUCUAAAAAGGAAGUGGAAAAGUCUAGAAGAGAAAGACGACAAGCCAAUCUUCUUAAGGGAAAGCAGCUUCUUCGUGAGGGGAAGGUUUCAGAAGCCAGAGAAUGUUUUACCCGUUCCAUCAAUAUCACACAUGUGAUGGCCCACAAAGUCAUUAAAGCUGCCCGGUCCCAGGGAGUAGAUUGUCUUGUGGCUCCAUACGAAGCAGACGCGCAGCUGGCCUAUCUUAACAAAGCUGGUAUUGUACAAGCCAUAAUCACAGAGGACUCUGAUCUCCUCGCUUUUGGCUGUAAAAAGGUGAUUUUAAAAAUGGACCAGUUUGGAAAUGGACUAGAAAUUGACCAGGCUCGGCUGGGAAUGUGCAGGCAGCUUGGGGAUGUGUUCACCGAGGAGAAGUUCCGGUAUAUGUGCAUACUUUCAGGCUGUGACUACCUCUCCUCACUGCGUGGGAUCGGGUUAGCAAAGGCCUGCAAAGUGCUCAGACUAGCCAAUAAUCCGGAUAUUGUAAAGGUCAUCAAGAAAAUUGGACACUAUCUUAAGAUGAAUAUAACGGUACCAGAAGAUUACAUCAAAGGAUUUAUUCGGGCCAACAAUACCUUUCUUUAUCAGCUAGUUUUUGAUCCCAUCAAAAGGAAACUCAUCCCUCUGAAUGCAUAUGAAGACGACAUUGAUCCUGAAACACUGAGCUACGCUGGGCAGUAUUUUGAUGAUUCCAUAGCUCUUCAAAUAGCACUUGGAAAUAAAGAUAUAAAUACUUUUGAACAGAUCGAUAACUACAAUCCAGACAUUGCUACGCCUGCCCAAUCAAGAAGUCAUAGUUGGAAUGACAAAACAUGCCAGAAGUCCUCUAAUGUUAAUAGCAUUUGGCAUAGGAAUUAUUGCCCUAGACUUGAACUGAAUAUUGCUUCAGAUGCUAUAAGAUUGAAGGAAAGUCCAAGUACUGUGGGCAUUAAACAAGUGAUCAGUGUUAAAGGAUUAAAUCUUCCAAGGAAGUCAUCCAUUGUGAAAAGACCAAGAAGUGAGGAGCUGUCAGAAGACGAUCUGUUGAGUCAGUAUUCCCUUUCAUUCACAAAGAAGACCAAGAAAAGUAACUGUGAAGGUCAUAAAUCAUUGAACUCUGAAAUGCUCAUGCCUCACCUGGUAGAUGGAACUACUGUUAAAAAAAACAUAAGCACACCACCUACGACAAGAAAUAAAUUUGCAGCAUUUUUACAGAGAAAAAAUGAAGAAAGUGGUGCGGUUGUGGUUCCAGGGACACGAAGCAGAUUUUUUUGCAGUUCUCUGGAUUCCGCCAACUGUGUAUCAGCGAAAGCAGGCGGUGAACCCCCAGAAAAAAGUGCUGUCACAGAUGAAGAGGCCAGUGUAGCUGAACCAGAUCAUCAGGAUGGCAAGAAGCUGGCUGGUCCGGAUGGAGCAUAUAAUUCAGAUGAUGAGGUUCCAGAUGAAAGUUCUGUCACAGAUGAAGAGGCCAGUGUAGCUGAACCAGAUUGUCAGGAUGGCAAGAAGCUGGCUGGUCCGGAUGGAGCAUAUAAUUCAGAUGAUGAGGUUCCAGAUGAAAGUUCUAUCGCAGAUGAAGAGACCAGUGUAGAUAAAUCAGACUGUCAGGAUGGCAAGAAGCUGGCUGGUCCAGAUGGAGCAUGUAAUUCAGGUGAUCAGGUUCCAGAUAAUGCAACUAUGAUUGCUGACGACUCUCUAUGUUUGGAGACCAGCAAAUUCACAAGGACCAUCUCACCACCCACCCUGGGGACACUCAGAAAUUGUUUUAGCUGGUCUGGAAGUCUCGGAGAUUUUUCACGAACUUCAAGCCCCUCUCCAGGCGCAGCACUGCAGCAGUUCCGGAGAAGGACCGAUCCCCUCACUGCGGCACCGGACCAGAGGGAAGCGUCUGCUGUGUCCCAGUUAAAGAGUGAGGAGUCCGGUGAUGGAGCGCCUCCCGUGCGGGCAGCGGCUUGGUGUCCAAAGUCUCAAGGAAGCCCAGAACUGUCACCACACAAUUUAAAUGUGUCAAAACUGUCUCAGCCUUCUAGUAAGGAUUCCGACUCAGAGGAAUCUGACUGCAAUAAUAAGUCAUUUGAGAAUCAAGGUAAUCUGGAAUCCAAGCUACAUUUAUCUCAGUAUUCAAGAAAAGUCACACUUCUAAAAAACAAGAUUCCCGGGCUGUAUAAAUCUAGUUCUGUGGACAAUCUUUCUGCGACCAGGAUCAAGCCUCUAGUUCCAGCUCGAGCCAGUGGGCUCAGCAAGAAGCCAUCAAACAUCCAGAAGAGAAAUCAUCAUAAUGCUGAGAACAGGCCAGGAUUGCAGAUAAAAAUCAAUGAGCUCUGGAAAAAUUUUGGAUUUAAAAAAGAUUUUGAAAAGCUUCCUUCUUGUAAGAAGCCAGAUCCCCUGUCGCCAGUCAAAGACAACAUCCAACUAACUCCAGAAGCAGAAGAGGAUAUAUUUAACAAAUCUGAAUGCAUGCGUGUUCAGAGAGCAAUAUUCCAAUAAAUGCAGGCAGCUGGGAGGCUAUUGCCUGCAAGACAAUCUCUAUCAAUUUGAAGUGCUGUUUGGGAAUGAGGCAGUUACCAGACUGAAAGAUUUAUGCAUAGAUGUAAUGCCAUUUUUUAAAUAGAGUACAUUUUGUAUAUUAACUGUAACUAUUUCUUUGUUCAGCUUUUUAUAUUUUGUAAGAAGCUAAAAUAGAGAAAUAAUUUUAUCUUUGACAGUUUUUGGAAGUUUUGAUGUUUUGGGGCAAGGCCCCUGGAAUUUAGAAAAAUCUACUCUGAAGGUUUCUGUCAUGUUGUCAAAUGUAAGGAUGGAUAGUAAAUGAAAAGCCACAAUUCUGUAAUCAUUUUAUCCUGGAGGGAAUCACUGUAUUUCCUCUCAGGGUUGAAUUGGAAAUAAAGUUUCUGGAAUGGGAGGGGUAGCUGGAAAGGUUAAAGUGUGAGCUGAAAAUCCCUUAACUAGAGUCUUAGGUGUGGUGUAAGACACUAAAGCAUUAGGGUCUGUGAAGAGUACACUCGACAGGGGUGGUCAGGUGUCGCAGACUAUGAGUCUGGAGUUCUCUUGUCCAGAAAGAGAGUGGACGCAGAAUUGAAUACGAGAGGCUAAUGUCCAGGAGGAGACAAGAGCCCGGAACAGGGGUUUCGUCUCCAUAUUUAUUGAGCUCAUAAGGUAUUACCCAUGUGGUGAACGUGAGUAAAACAAGACCUUAUACGUGUGAACAUGGAGAAAACAAUCAGACCGUAAUCAUUAACUUGUAUGUGUAAGAAUCAAAAGGUCUAGGGGGCAAGUGGAGUUUGUGAUCAAGGUAUAUUGGCUCCAGAUGGAAAGCAAUUUCCUGCAGGUGAUAGAACAAGUUACUUGUGAUCCCAUUACAGUAUGUCACUAGCUAACCUUGGGUGCUUUCGCCCAGUGGUGGCGGCUUUCCACCCUAAGCUGUUUUUCUAACCCAUUUAUGUAAGUAGAACCUAUUUCCCCACAGUCAGGUACCUAGAAAAAACCAGCCAUGCAGGUGAAUAGCUGAAGGAAGGAAAAAUCUGGCAGGGGGCAGAGGGUUUACCUGAGAUACAGAGGGUAAAGGAAAGAGAUCCAAAUUAUUUUAAUUUUUAAAUAAGAUGUGAUAGAGGACUCUUGGAUAAAGAG